GAGAGUGAAGAUUUCCGGAAGCUUGCAGAAAGAGAGAUUGCCUCCUGUGAAGAAGAGAUAGCUGAACUGAAACACCAGAUAGCGUUGCUUUUGAUUCCUUCAGAAGAAACAGACAAGAGUGAUCUUGUCAUGGAAGUAACCGCUGGAAUCGGAGGACAGGAAGCCAUGUUGUUCACCUCAGAGAUAUUUGAUAUGUAUCAACGAUAUGCUGCCUAUAAAAAGUGGAAAUUUGAAAUAUUAGAAUACUUUCCCAGUGAAAUAGGUGGCCUAAGACAUGCAGUUGCCAGUAUAGCAGGUCUUGAGGCUUACAAGUACAUGAAAUUUGAAGGAGGAGUGCAUCGUGUUCAGCGGGUGCCAAAGACGGAAAGACAAGGACGCAUUCACACCAGCACAAUGACUGUUGCAAUACUACCCCAGCCCACCGAGAUGAGGCUGCAAAUUAAUCCAAAAGAUCUACGGAUAGAAACAAAGCGAGCUAGUGGAGCUGGAGGCCAGCAUGUCAAUACCACAGACAGUGCUGUACGGAUAGUUCAUAUUCCAACAGGGAUCGUGUCUGAAUGUCAGCAGGAAAGAUCUCAAAUUAGAAACAAAGAGAAGGCUAUGCAAAUGCUAUGUGCUAAACUAUACAACGCCAAACUGGAAGAAGAAACCAAAAAGAGAAACAGUGUUCGAAAGAUUCAAAUUGGAACUAAAGGAAGAUCGGAGAAGAUCAGAACAUACAACUUUCCACAGGACCGGAUUACUGACCACAGGAUAAGCAGAUCAGUGCAUCAUAUGGAGUGUUUCAUGCUAGGGGAAGAAAUGCUAGAUGAAAUGAUACAAACUCUGAAAGAAUAUGCUGAUUAUGAAUCUUUAAUGGAAAUUAUUUCAGAAAAUGAAGAAAAGAGUCUAUCCUGAACGUUGCUCUUUGUCAGCCCAUUACAACAGAUGUAGACAUGUGUCUGCAAAGGAGCUUCUUGGAGCACCACCCAGAAAAUGCAACUGCUUUUCAGAUCAUGAAAGACACCACAACUUGUUUUCCUCAUGACUGAUAAACAGUUUUCUUGCUUGCUGAGUAAAAGACUUUAUUACCUUCAUAUGAGACAUUAUUGCUGCAGCAGUCCACUUAAAAAGUAAAUUUGGCUGGGCCGGAAGUAACUGCAGUUUUUAACUUUCUCCACUGAGAAGAUACUGAUACACCACUCUCGAAAGGUACGCAUUAAAAAAUGGCCUAUUUCUAGCUCCAGUUUUCAUUUAAACAAUAGUUUAAACAUCAGUACAAUGUCAACUAGCUUACUUGAGAGCACAAAAGAAUCCUAUUUUGUUUGAGUGAUUGGAAGAAAGUGAUAAAUAAAUGACCCUGCUACUAAUCUGCACAUUUGUUAAUCACUUAUAUGUGGCAUGGGAGAGGGAGUCAAAGUGUUAUCUUCAUGUUUUCAUGGCCUUCUGGCCCUUAUUAAUAAACACAAAAAAUUGUGUAGGAAUAUCCCUUGUUCCAAAAAAAAAAGCUGUGGAAGCCAAGUGACAAGUUACAUGAAUUGUUUUUGAAAAGGAUGUUUCUGUUCUUGAGUCAAAAGUUAAAAGAAUCAUUACAAUAUUGUUUGGCUGAUAUUUCAGUCUCCAUUUGGCUUCAGUUCAGUUUCUCCUUUAUGUUUUUAAUUGAGGCUCCAGUUUAUUGAUUUUCUAAACAUUACAUGGUAUGAAUGGCA